CAAUCCGGCCGUUGAUUCAGCGGAGAGUUCAGUAGGUCUCUCGCCGGGUUUGGAGCUCUGAUCUCGGCUGCGCUGCUCCGCCGCUUCGCUGGUAAAUUUGAAUGUUAGCGGGUCUGUGAACAGCACCGGUUCCUUCUCCCCGCGGCCAUGGCUCUCCUCAUGGAGCACCAGUUCAAGCAGCUGCCGGCGGACAGGCAGGUCGAGACCAGGCCGUUCCUGGAGGCCGUUUCCUACCUGCCGCCCUUCUUCGACUGCCUCGGAUCCACUGUUUUUGCUCCUGUGAAGGCCGACAUUGCUGGAAACAUCACGAAAAUCAAGGCGGUGUACGACACGAACCCGGGUCGCUUUAAGACCCUGCAGCAGAUUCUGGAGGCGGAGAAGGAGAUGCACGGAGCCGAGUGGCCCAAAGUAGGAGCUACGCUUUCCCUCAUGUGGCUCAAGAGAGGUCUGCGGUUUAUUCAGGUGCUCCUCCAGAGUUUAGUUGACGGUGAGAAAGACGAGAACAACCCCAACCUGAUCAGAGUCAACGUCACCAAGGCCUACGAGAUCGCCCUGAAGAAAUACCACGGCUGGCUGGUGCAGAAGCUCUUUACGGCGGCGCUGUACGCGGCUCCAUACAAGUCAGACUUCCUCAAAGCUCUCUCUAAAGGCCGGGAGGUGAAGGAGGAGGACUGCCUGGAAAAAGUGCGUCAGUUCCUGGUGAACUACACGGCCACCAUCGACGCCAUCUACGAGAUGUUCACCAAGAUGAACGCUGAGCUGGAUUAUAAAGCGUGAUGAUCCCUCUCUCCUCAUCAAACUGCUCUCUGAUUGGACCAAAGCUGCUUUCUGUGGGACCACUGGAUGAGCGCGUGCUCUAUUUGGACCAAUCAGCGUCCAUCAAACCCUCAGUUUCUCCAUGUUCUUUUGAGUUUUGUUUGUUCGUUUUUGUUUGUGGACGGCUGGAGUGCUCUGCUGUGGUCUCCAGGGUCUGCAGUGUUCAGGGGUUUCAGCGGGAACCUCAGGACGAAGCUGUGUGUGUUGUAGAGUAUGCUGUGUCUAUAUCAGUGGUCUAGAACCGUCCAGAAAUGAUCUAGAACUACAUCAAUACUUGUGACUGAAUUAAACCAGACUAGCCCACAAACACGUCCAGUACUGACCUUCUAAAACCUAAAAACGAGAAACUAAUGACUUUUAAAAUUAUUUAAAGGAGAACUCUGGUGUAAAAUAGAUUUUUGGUGUAGUAAAACAUGAUGAUGGAGUACUAAUAGCUCACCUCCACUCUCCAAAUAUCACACUUAGUAGGUACACUCAUUGACAAAAACACAAAUAACGCAUCAACAUAUAAAGAUUUCUUCUUCUUCAUGUUUGAAUUUAAUGAAAUGAUUAUGUGAUUACAAUAUUGGAGUAAAAGUUUAAGGUUAUUAGCAAGUGGUCCACAGUCACACUCUAAAAACUAAAUAAAUUGACAAUAUUACACCCACAGACAUGUUCUAGAUCUACACUGUAAAUUCUAGAACCUCUCUGACUGUUUAAAACCUAUACCAAUAAUUCUACAGCAACAAUCCUUCAAUUAUACAAUAAGUUGUAGAGUGACGAGAAUCAUUUUAGAGCAAUAAUUCUAGACACCAAUUCUCUAAAAACAUUGAUCAUUCUAGAGGGACCACAAUAAUUCUAGAACUAUACCGACAAUUCUAGAGUAGUACAGAAUUCUAGAGUGACAAAAAUCAUUUUAAAGCAACAACCAUAGUUCAGAUCAAUAGCAAUAAUUCUGAAAUAACAACAAUUCUAGAGCAAAAUCAAUAAUUCCAGACUUUUACCAUUAAAUUGUAGAGCCACCGCAAUUCUCAAAACAACAAUGGUAAUUUUAAAGGGACAACAAUAAUUAGUAUAGUAUAAUACCACUAUACUGACAGUUCUAGAGCAUUACAGAAUUCUACAGCUUCAACAAUUCUAGAACAAUGCUGAUAAUUUCUAGAGCAACAAAAAAUCAUUAUAGAGCAACAACCACAGUCCAGAUCAAUACCAAUGAUUCUGAACAACAAUUUUAGAGCAAAAACAAUCAUUCCAGAAUUCUAGAAUUAUACCUGAAAGUCUAGAGCCAAGAGAAUUCUCUUAAAAUACAACAGUAAUACUGCCACUAUACUGGCAGUUAAAUCAGUACAGAAUUCUAGAACCUCACUGAUUCUAGAACAAUACCAAUCAUUCUAGAGUGACAAGAAUCAUUUUAGAGCAACAUCCAAAGUCCAGAUCAAUAACAAUGAUUCUAGGAUAACAACAAUAAUUCUAGACAUAUAUCAAUAUUUCUAGAGCAAAAACAAUAAACCUUAGUCCACACUGUGUCACACUCUAGAACCUUACUGACAUUUUCAGAACUAAAUUGACAAUAUUACACCCACAGACACGUUCUAGAUCUACACUGUUCAUUCUAGAACCUAUACUGAUAUUUUUUACAGCAACGAUCCUACAACUAUAAACCAAGUUCUUAAUCAACAAUGUAACUCUAGAACUAUCCCAGUAGCUUCUGGAUGCAUUACAGUGCUUAUAGAACUACACACUGACAAUUCUAGAGCUACAACCAUUUCAGAAUCCACGACUGUACCAACACUUCUCAAACUCUGCUGAAGAUUAUAGAGCUACACUGAUGAUUCUAUACACACACUGAUCAUUUUCCAGAUCUAUACAGAUUGUUCUAUUUUGAUAAUUCUAUGGAAUUGAAUAAUUAUGCACAUUCUCUUUAAUGCAACUCUUUAUAGGGCUCAAGCUUAGAAACUGUUUCUUAAAUGUUUUUACGCUUUAGAGUAAUUUAUUGUAUAUGUAAAUGAAUGUGUGAUCUUAAAAAAAAAAACGGAUGGCGUAAGGAAAUUCCUUCUUACAGAAAUUUAGCUUUUAUCUUUAAUUCUAACACUUUUUAGCUUUAAAGUUUGUUUCUUAUCAGAAGGUUUGUGGGAGGGGUCUUUAUAAAUGCUGCUGUAGACGCAAUAAAAUCUUACUGACUGAUGUUAAAGCACAAGGUUGGUGAAAAUAUAUAUUUUUUAUUUUAGUCAGUCUGUGAGAUCAUUUUAGAACAAGGUCGACCAUUGUGGAGUGAUGACAGUAAUUCUAGAAAUAUGGCAGCAGUUCCAGAACUGUGGAUAUAAUUCUACAACUUAUGGCAGCCAUUCUAGCCAUUCCAUUCUCUGGCAUUUCUAGAACUAGGGAGAUAAUUCUAAAACUAUGGAGCUAAUUCUAGAACUAUGGCGGCCAUUGUGGAGUGAUGACAGUAAUUCUAGAACUACAGUGGCAUUUCUAGAACUAUGAAGAUAAUUCUAGAACUGUGGAGAUCAUUCUAGAACUAGUGUGACCAUUCUAGAGUGGCAACAGUAAUUCUAGAAUUAUGGAGAUAACUCCAGAACUCUGGCGCCCAUUCUAGAGUUACGACAGUGAUUCUAGGAUUUCGGCAGCAAUUCUAGAACUAUGGAGAAAAUUCUAAAACUAUGGAGCUAAUUCUAGAACUAUGGCGGCCAUUGUAGAGUGACGACAGUAAUUCUAGAACUAAAGAGAUAAUUCUACAACUAUGGAGAUCAUUCUAGAACCAUGACUAUAAUAUAGUGUGUGUUUGUGUUUACAGCGUAUGAUUUAAGGUGUGUUGUGCCUCUGAACCAAAGUGUAAAAUCACCUGAUCCGUACCUGAGUUUAGUUUAUUUGAUGUUGAUUAGAUAUGCUGGUGUUUUCUGAUUUCUCUGGGUGUUUCUCUGAUGCAGUUUAAUUUGAUUAAUUAUUUUAUUUUAUUUUAUCUGUUGAUUGUGGCCUUAACUAGAAUUUCUAAUCUGUUUGCCUCUCACUUUUAAUCAGGGACUGCAUGUUUUUGUGAGUGUGUAGAAGUGUGCGACUGUGUGAGUGUGUGCGUAAGCGAGUGUGUGUGUGAGAGGGUGUGUGAUGAUUCUAAUGGGGUUUUUAUGUGUUAAAAUGUGAAUAAGCUUCUGCACUGAAAGUAUCCAGGUUCUGAAACUGAUUUGUAUGAAGAAUAAAGAAUAAAUCUACACUGACUCUA